AUGACUCUGGGGUGGAUCAGGACUCUGGGGUUGGGUCUGGGGUGGAUCAGGAUUCUGGGGGUGGUUCUGGGGGUGGAUCAGGACUCUGGGGUGGAUCAGGACUCUGGGGUUGGGUCUGGGGGUGGAUCAGGACUCUGGGGGUGGUUCUGGGGGUGGAUCAGGACUCUGGGGUGGAUCAGGACUCUGGGGUUGGGUCUGGGGUGGAUCAGGACUCUGGGGUUGGGUCUGGGGUGGAUCAGGAUUCUGGGGGUGGUUCUGGGGGUGGAUCAGGACUCUGGGGUGGAUCAGGACUCUGGGGUUGGGUCUGGGGGUGGAUCAGGACUCUGGGGGUGGUUCUGGGGGUGGAUCAGGACUCUGGGGGUGAUUGCUGCGUCCUGUGUAGAGGACUCACGCUGA